UAUCUACUAUACAAAUUAAUUUAAAAUUUUAUUUUGCGAUUAUAAAGCUCGCCCUUCCUGUUGUUAUUUAAACCUAUUUUUAUCAUUUACAAGACACCUUUACUCCUCAAAAUAAAAUAACUUCAAAAGGAGACACUUCUCAGGUUAUAGUGAAUAAAGAAGGACCUUUAUAUAAUGCUGCUUGGAGUCCAUCUUCCAAUGAAUUCUGUGUUAUUUAUGGUUUUAUGCCAUCAAAAGCAACUUUAUAUAAUUUAAAAUGUGAUGCUGUAAUGGAAUUUGGAACUGGAACUUUUAAUGCCGUUUACUACAAUCCAUUUGGGAAUAUUCUUCUCUUGGCUGGGUUUGGUAAUGUGCAAGGAAAUGCUGAAUUAUGGGAUAUAAAUGGAAAGAAAAAGAUUAAAAAAAUGGAAAUACCAGAUACUACAUUUCUUCAAUGGUCUCCGGAUGGUCAACAUUUUGUAACAGCUACAACUGCACCACGACUUAAAGUAAGUAAUGGCUACAAAAUUUGGCACUAUAGUGGUGCAUUACUACAUGAAAAACCUUGGGGAAAAGAUGAAUUGUAUCAAGUUGUUUGGCAAAAUUAUCCUCAAGGUACUUUUAAAACACCCAACAUAGUUUACAAAGCUGUUGAAGGUAUUGCUUCUAGUCAACCAAUUGCAUCUAAACAAGUUUAUCGACCACCACAUGCUCGAAACACUGAUUUUAAACCCACUAGCUUACAUGAAGAUUCGUCUCUAGAAACAAAAAACCAAUCAAAAGCAUAUUUAAAAAUGAAAAAGAAGCGUGAAGCUAAACGACAAGCAAAACAGUCGCAAGAUGUAGACGAUUUAAGCAAUAAUAAACAGAGUGCUGUUAAAACAAUUGAGGAACCCAAAGAUAACGAAAAACUAUUAAGGAUUAAAAAAAUUCAAUCUGAUUUAAAAAGUAUCAAUCGUUUUAAAACUUUACAAUCGUCUGGUAAAGAAUUGGAUAAUAACCAAAUGGCAAGAUUAAAGCUUGAAAAUUGUUUAUUGGCUGAACUUAAACAAUUACAGUUGUAAAGAAAAAUAUAUUUAAUAAAAAAAAAAAUAUCAAAUGUAAUAUUUAAUUUAUUACGUUUAAUAUUAUAAAUUAUUCAUUUUCUACAAUAUUCUCUCUAAUAAUAUAUUGUAUAGUACUGUACUCAUAUGUAUAGCGUGAUGAAAUUAUAUGGAGAGGCUAUAGCCACCUUAGCCCCCAUCAUUCUACGCUUAUGACUACUAGUAAUGUAGUUCUGUAAUGUUUAGAUUUACAAAAUAAGUAUAUAAAAAGAAUUUCGAAUUAUA